CUCAUCCAAUUGUCCUCUCAUAACAGGAGCCUUUCCAACCGAAGAUCGUGCUGUAGGCAUGCAAGGUCUUGACAUUGGGCAGACUACCCCACCAAUGCAGCGCAGUUUGGGCUUAGGAUGGGAGCUGUUGACUGACCAAUUCAAGUUCCAAGUAAGAGUAAAUGAAAGGCCGUUCACAAAAAGGGGAGUUCUGUCAGUUAUCAACAGUGUGUUCGACCCACUUGGUUUUGCUAUUCCAGUAAUCGUAGGGGGUAGAACCAUACUCAGAGACAUUUCCACAAAUGUUUCAGAGUGGGACACUGAACUGCCAAAAGACAAAUUAGAACAGUGGCAAAAGUGGAAAAGUUCCCUCGGACACCUACAACAUCUUGAAAUUCCCAGAAUGUACACUUCAAUACCGCUGUCUGCAGCCCAAAGAAUAGAGAUUGACGUUUUUUGUGAUGCUUCCACAAAAGCCGUAGGUGCGGUAGCCUACCUCAAACUCACAAAUGAGGACGGACACAGCGAAGUGGGAUUCCUCCUCGGCAAAGCACGUUUAGCUCCUAAACCAGACAUCACCAUACCCCGACUUGAACUCUGUGCAGCAGUCCUGACCGUGGAAGUAGCAGAGUUGGUUCUAGAGGAGCUGGAUGUCACAGUCGAUCAGGUGAAUCUUUACACAGACUCAAAGGUAGUGCUUGGGUACAUCUCAAACACCAAGAGACGCUUUCACGUUUAUGUGCACAACAGAGUCGAACGCAUCAGGCGCUUUGCACAAACUCACCAGUGGCAUUACGUGCCCACACACUUAAAUCCGGCAGACCAUGCCACACGAGCGUUGCCCGCUGAGCAGCUCUCCAGCUCCACCUGGCUCAGAGGCCCAGCUUUCCUCUCCAGGUUGGACCAAAGUCAAGUUCGAAGUCAAACCUUCGAUCUCAUAGACCCAGAGACUGACUGUGAGUUGCGUCCUGAGGUAACAACUUGCACUACCACCCUAUCAAAAGGCCAGUUUAAUAGUGCCAGAUUUGAAAGGUUUUCAAGUUGGAAGGUGCUGCAAAAGGCUAUUGCCAAACUCCAACAUAUAGCUCAAUCAUUCAAGAACAACUCUGAGGUUUCCUGUCGUGGCUGGCACAACUGCAACAAACAUUUAACUGAAAAGUCACUGCAACUAGCCAAGACCACGAUCAUUCGCACCGUUCAAAGAGAGGUCUUCGCAGAAGAUAUUGGAUGCAUUGAAAAAGGCACAGCUCUAAAAAACUCAAGUCCACUCAGCAAACUGAAUCCAUUUGUUGACACGCAAGGGCUCCUUAAAGUUGGAGGCCGACUAAAGAAAGCACAGUUGUCUGCAGAAGAAACCAAUCCCAUACUCGUCCCUGGAAAGCAUCAUCUUGCUCAGCUCAUAAUAAGACACUUUCACGAAAAAUUAUGUCACCAGGGAAGGCAUUUCACGGAGGGAGCAGUCAGAGCAGGGGGCUUUUGGAUUGUGGGAGGAAAAAGAGCAGUAAGCAGUGUGAUUUUCAAGUGCAUCACAUGCCGCAAAUUAAGGGGCAGGCAACCUGAACAGAUAAUGGCUGAACUUCCUGAGGACAGGCUGUCCACGGACCCUCCUUUCACAAAUGUAGGCCUUGAUGUGUUCGGUCCCUGGUCCGUUACAGUGAGAAAAACGCGUGGUGCUAAUGCAGAUGCUAAAAGAUGGGCAGUCAUAUUCACCUGCAUGAGUACACGUGCAAUUCAUAUUGAAGUGAUUGAGUCAAUGGACACAUCGUCAUUCAUUAAUGCACUGCGUCGUUUCUUUGCCAUCCGAGGUGGUGCCAAACUCUUGAGAUCUGAUUGUGGGACAAAUUUUGUGAGUGCCUGCAAAGAGCUCCAAAUAGACAAACUAGGCUGUCACAAUGACAAAAUAGGCACAUUCUUGAAAGACAGUGCGUGCAAAUGGCAGUUUAAUCCUCCACAUGCAUCCCAUAUGGCUGGUUCCUGGGAACGCAUGAUCGGCGUCACCCGAAAAAUCCUCAAUGCAAUGCUCCUUGAACAUCCAUAUGGGAAGCUCACACAUGAAGUACUCGUAACAUUGUUAGCUGAAGUCACCGCAAUUGUAAAUGCACGCCCGCUAACGGCUGUUUCUACAGAUCCCGAAAACCCAGUCAUUCUUACUCCUGCGAUGCUACUCACGCAAAAGGUUGGCACACCACCGAUUCCACCAGGGCAGUUUCAGACCAGUGACCUAUUCAAAGCCCAAUGGAAGCGCGUGCAGUACUUAGCUAAUGUUUUCUGGAGUCGUUGGCAGAAAGAAUACAUCGCAGGCUUGCAGGUUCGUCGCAAGUGGAAAAUAAAAAAGCCGAACCUUCAAAUGGGCGACGUUGUUUUAAUGAGGGAGUCUCUGGAACAUAGGAAUAAUUGGCCACUCGGACUGAUCACAAAAUCUUUCCCAAGUGAGGACGGUAAUGUCAGAAAAGUUGAGGUUAAGAUUUUCCGAAAUGGCGAGAAUAGGUUUUACAUUCGCCCAAUUCGUGAAGUUGUGCUUUUGAUGUCUAAGGAUAGCAUGUAAAACGAGUUAUUGUUGUGUAUCGUUCAUUAGUUAAGAGCUGACAUCUUGCAGAUGUCAGGCGGGGAGUGUUAUGUCCUCUGGUCUUAUGUUGACUACUUUUUGGGUUUCUUUCUAAGAUUGUAUAUUGUUCAUCCGUCCACAGGAUGUCGCUAUUGUAACUCAGAAUCUUAAGUUUUUCUUUGGUAUUGCUGUUUGCGCUCGGCUUCCCCUAGUGGCGAUUUGCUGUAAGCAGCAGGCAGAAAGAACUUUUUAUUUCAGUUGGAAAAGAGGCCUUGAGGUGUUAAGACGUUACACACCUCCUCUGCACCAUACAUCGUUGGGAACCCUUGACAAAACAAAAUCUUUUUACCACACACACGCACACACGUUGACACAAAGAAAUAAAUGAGAGGAAGGAGUUCGGGCCUCCAAGUUUCUUUGUCG